UUCUUUCUCUCCAAGUUUUGCAUCCUCUCUCUCUCUCUCUCUCUCUCCCCCCUCCCUUCUUGGCUAAGUUUUCCAUAUUUGCAGCCAACGUUACUAUGCCUGUCCUUAUUCUCAUCAUAUAUAUACUUGUUGAGUGAGUGAUAUAAUCAAGUAUUUAUCAUCACCUUCACACACACACACACACACACACAUAUAUAUAUAUAUAGAGAGAGAGAGAGAGAGAUGGGUAGUCAUGAUUGGGGACCAGUGGUGGUAGCAGUGGUGAUGUUCAUACUGUUGUCGCCAGGGCUGUUGUUCCAGCUGCCAGCAAGGGCUAGGGUGGUAGAGUUUGGGAACAUGUACACCAGUGGGAUGUCAAUCUUGGUUCAUGCAGUCCUCUACUUUUGUGUAUACACCAUUUUAAUCAUUGCUAUUGGCAUUCACAUACGUGCUGGUUAAUUCAUCCUCUCUCUACACAGCUCCUCCUGCUAAUCCUCCUCAGUGGAAUGCUAUUUAAUUUCAUUCUUAAGUAUAUUUACAGUGCUUCAUUGUUAAAUGUUGUACGGUUUCUUUCUCAGUUUGGUUACACAUGACACGAAAAUUGUAGUUGAACAGUGUGAAAUGGCUUCGAUAUUGUUCCUUGUCUAGAUGAUUUUAGUUAUUCAAUUUUAUUUGUUUAAUUAUUUUUAUAUAUAAUAAAGUGGAAGAGUUGGACUCA